AGGAAGAAGAAGCAGCGCGCCCCUACCCGGUUCCCUCGGCUCUUCUCCUUCUCCGGGCUGUUUAAGGAAGCACCCUCGUCCCCACCCACUAAAGUUAGACCGCUCCGAUGGUGCAAUUUCGCUUGGCAGAUUUACAGGAAAUACUUUGGCCACCUAAUGAGAAGGAAGGACUCCCUGGAGAAGAGCCUUAUGCUGGGAACGAUUGAGGGCAAAAGAAGAACGGGACGACAGAGAACGAGGUGGCUGGAUGGAGUCACUGAAGCAGUAGGCAUGAGUUUAAAUGGACUCCAGAGGAUGGUAGAGGACAGGAAGGCCUGGAGGAAUGUUGUCCAUGGGGUCGCGAUGGGUCGGACACGACUUCGCAACUAACAACACAGCCUUACCUUUUGGGUGUCUUGGAUUAGAUCUCCUAAUCAGCUGGGAGUUGUAGUACAACAUAGCGAUAGAGCGAGGCCAUUUUGGCAAAUGCGCCUUUGCUUAGGAGGCCAAUUUGUUAAAUAUGUUUACUUCGUACUAAAACCUGAUAAAAUGAUAAUAGGUGUUCAGCUGUUGGAAUAAAAUGGGAAAGGCAGGGUUAGGUCCACAGUCAGCUCUGGAAGCUCACUUUGCCCUUUCUCACAGGGUGAUUGUUGUGGGGAAACAUGGAACUGAAAGAGUGCUUUAAAUACUGAUAUAAACAGUUGGAAGACUAAGUAUGAAUAGUAAGAGCAAUAACAAUAAUAGUAAUAAGAGCAGUGAAUUGUGUUGCCGUUUCCAGCAGCUGAUUUUCACCUGGAAAAUUGGUGGUUCUUCAGAAGUCACUGAAUUCCUGUUCCCAGUGGCCCUGUGGGUGACUGAGGAUGGUUACUGAUACAAUCUACAUAUGGCACAGAUAGUCCUUGAUUUAUGACCACAGAUUUAUGACUUUCUGUUGCUAAACAAGGUGGCUGUUAAGUGAGUUGUGCCUGAGUUUACAAAGUUUGUUUUUUAUCUUAGUUGUUAAGUUGAAUCACUCUGAACAGCUCAAGGUUGACUCAGUCUUCCAUCCUUCCAAGGUCAGUAAAAUGAGGACCCAGAUUGUUGGGGGCAAUAUGCUGACUCUGUAAACCGCUUAGAGAUGGCUGUAAAAGCAGUAUGAAGCCGUAUAUAAAUCUAAGUGCUAUUAAGCUUCCCCCACUAGUUGGAAGCCAGUCGGGAAGGUAUCAGAUGUUGUUCACAUGACUUCAGGAUGCUGUAACCAUCAUAAAUACAUGCCAGUUGUCAAGUGCCUGGAUUUUGAUCAUGUAACUUGGGGAGGAUGCAAUAGUCAUAAGUGCAAGAACUAGUUGUCCUUUUUUACAGUGCUGUUGUCAUUUUUUCAGUGGUGGUGUAACUUCGAAAAUUGCUAAACAAAUGGUUGUAAGUUGAGGACUACCUGUAUGUGAAGGCCCAUGGGCUGUCCUUUAUGCUCAUGUAACCAGAAUUAUUGCUUAUAGUACAUUCAAACUAACUCUGUAUUGUAACCAGCAUAAGACAUCUAAAGUAAAUUACCUGUAACCAGGUAAAGGCAUCUAAAUAUCUAUACAUGUUCUCGAGAAACAUUUGCUAGCGAUGCGACUAGAUUUCCUUCUACUUUGCUGCAGUUUUUUUUCCCUUCAUUUUUUAGCAAAUAACAUUUUGACCAUUUUAUUGUUAGCCUUUUCUCAUUGCUGCUGAUUAAGUAUUUUAAGUGUUGAGUUUAUUGUACAUUGCCAUACAUUUUUCCACCAUCCCCCUUAGAUAGGACAUAUCUCCACAUAAACUUUAAAUUUUAUCUAAACAUAAAAUCAGUUGCUGCUUGAACCAGUCAAGGAAUGCCAAUGCUCAUGAAUAUGCCUGCCCCGAUUGCAGUGGGGUUGCCUAACCUAAAAGGGGUAGGAAUGUUCCACAUAUUUGUUCACUUUAAUUUAUACAAUCCUUUCCAUCUCAGAGGUUUUACAUGGGUAACCAGAGCAGUACCUGUACAAAAUAGAUAUUUCAGAAGAGCAAUCCUUUAUGUAAGAAUCCAGUAUCAAAUUUGAUUCAAUUCUUUGACGAUAACUUCUCCCAUAUAAGAAUAUGGACUGAGAGCUUUUUGGGUCUAGUAGUUAAGACAAUAGUCCAGAAACCAGGAAACUGUUCCACUUCAGGCAUGAAAGCUGGCUGGGUGACUAGGCCACUCACUCUCUCCUAGCCCAUGACCUCAGGCUCUGGUGACAAGCCGGUCAGUCAAUUCCUUUCGCAACCGAUAGAUCAACACCAAGUUGUUGAAGAAGGGGAAACCUUGAACUUGUGCCAAAAUGCUAGGAAGGAAAAAAAAUAAGAAUGAACAAAUUACUAAAACGUAAUUUGUCCAUUCUUAUUUUUUUCCUUCCUAGCAUUUUACUAAGAUGUAAUUUGUCACCAAUUGAAGGUAAUGUAUUUGUUUAGCUGCCCUUGAUUCCUGGGGAUUAAGAAGUUGCAUCUAUGUAGUUUUCUUGGUAACAAUACGGAAGUGGUGUGCCAUUACAUUUUUCCAGAAUAACUUCUUACUUCCUAGUUGAGACUAAAGCCCUGAGAUUUCUGGUGGUUUCCUCUCAUAAAUACUAUCCAACCUCUACUGAGCUUUUCCACGCCUUGCUAUAGACAUCAGUCAGCAUCACUGCCAUAAUUACCUCUGUACUCAAUUAAGUUUUACACUGAAAUAUUAUUAACUAUGUCUCAUGCUUUUUGUGGGCAUUUGAUCUUAUGUCUCUAAUUGGUUUCUCUCAGUGGUGAAAUCUGAACUGGUUUACUACCGGUUCACUGGCUGUGCAUUUGGUGCAUGUGCAGUGCACACCACGCACCAAAUGCGAAGUGUCCAUGCGCAGUGGAUGGCAAGAGGAAUGCAGUUGGAUUCUAACCGAGGAUGGCUAAUGGAGGUAUCCUGAAUGUACAGCAUAAAGUGAAUCUGUGAACUGAAGACUUAUUGGUAUCAGAUGUCUUUUAGAACGAUGAGAUUAGCGUUCCCCUCUUGGCAUCCUGCAAAUGCAUUGGAACAGCUGUUUCUAACUUUCCAGCCAGAAUGUUGAUUGGGAAUUAAGGAGCUACAAUCUCAACGUAUCCGAAGAAGUAAGCCCGUCUAUGCACUCCAAAUAUCAACAAGUAUCAACAAGAUGUCACUGUAUGUCACUUGAUCUUUCUAUCUAAGUUUACUAUACAGAUCCUUCUCUUCAUAUGAUCACAUUUGAGUGAUGCUGCUUGAUCUUUAGUGGUCAACUUGCACAGGCCAUUCCUUGCAGCUCUAGUAAGUGAAGACCCCCCAGCCUUCAAGUACUCAACUUCUUAAAUACUGAACAUGCAAACAUUUUGAGCUCGUUCUAAUUUUCAUCAAAAUGUGCCUAAAAGCAUCCACCUGCAAACAUGUAGUAUUUAAUAGAUUUGGGAGAUACGAUCACACAUACUUGAGUUACAGCCCUGACUGAUGAUUGGAGAACCAGAUAAGCAGGCUUUCCAGACUCAGAGUGAGGAUCUGUGCAAAGAUCCGUACAGAAACUGUGCAUGGGAAAAUUAGGGUGGGGCAUGUUUACACACCCACAUCCCCCAAUCCUGUUGUGCCCGUUAUACCUGCACAGUGUUUGAGUCACACCAAUUAAUCUCUUUCUGGCAAUGCUCUUGCCCAGUCCUGAUAUUCGGAGAUCCAGUUGCAAUUCUGUAUAUAUAUUUUUUUAAAAUGGAAAGUCAGGAGUAAAAAUGAAAUGCAACUGAAUAGAAAUUAGCCUGUCAUUCUGAACAUGAAUAAUCAACUUGCAAGAAAGCUUAUCCCUUGCACUUGUUCCAAGGGCAUGUCAUGUACAAAUUAAAUCACAGGUGCUUCUGAGCCAGUUUUCCAGGCGGAAGGGGCAGAUUCAGUUUCUGGCAUCUGCAGCUAGAAAAAUUGGAUUGCUGGAGGGAAGUUUUCUGCUUGAGAGCUGGCUUGUUUUUAUUGAUCACCCUAGACAAUCUAAGCUAAAAAGCUAGACAAUCUGAGUUAAAGCAAACCCUCUGUCCUAGAACAGAUGGGUUCUCUACACCAGCAUCACACUUUUUCAUCCGAAAUAGGAUGUUAGCCACACAAUUCCUUUGAGUGCUGAUCACACAUGUUCUUUCACAACAUGUCCAAGCUGACCAGUGUGUGACCAAAUUGCAUGCUUUUUUCUGCCUGGCAAUCUUAACCAUGAGGAGAAAAUCAUGUCAUUUAAGCUUUACAUGAAGGUAAAUCUUGCCAUUUACUGUGUGAGUUUGAUCUGUAAUAUCUCAUUAACAUGCAUGGUAUACAUGAUCACUGAAGCUGCUAUUAUUGUGCCUAUUAUAUGGGAGAGGCUGACAGUGAUUGAAGGGUUUUUUAUUGAGGGUUUUUUUCAUAUAUAUUUCAAAGCUAUGUGAGAGACUUUCUUUUAUGUAUAUUUAAAUGCCUGGGGUCCUUGGAAUCUGAUAAGUGAAAUUGUUUAGAAAUAGGGUGUGGUACAGGAACAGGGCUUCAGCAGCCGCCAUUUGAAGAAAGUAAAAACAGGGAGGAAAUGUUACUUGCUCAAUUAGCAUGUGUUUGUUGUUUAAACAAAUCCAGUUCUUAAAAGAAGCAGAGUCCCAAGCUCAGGAUCUGAGGUGGAGAGCCAAAGUUAUAAACAUUUGAAUGUAGGGAACAUGUAAACAGCUACAUCAAGUUUCCCAACCUUGGUAACUUUAAGAUAAUGUGCACUUCAACUUCCAGAAUUCCCUAGCCAGCAUGGCACCUUGGAAUUCUGAGAGUUGAAGUCCACAUAUUUUAAAGUUGCCAAGGGUAGGAAACCUGAUGUAUAUGAAAUGAACUGAAGGACCGCCUUCAACUUCCAAAGGACUAGGACUAGGUACUCAGUCUGCUAAUCCCUAAAGACUAAGAUCCUUUAAGAGUGAGUCAACCGUAUUUUAAUAUUAAUCAUUAUGGUAAAGACAGUAGCCAUGAAUGUUAACAUAAACAACGGAUAGAAAGAGGACAUUUCUCUGGCUGGAGCCUUCUGUCGCGUAUUGGCCUUUCACCCCACACCCCCCUCACAGGACCUGUAUUAGAGAUUUCCAAAUGCCAGGUGGUGGCCCAGACUCAGGAUUAAGCUAAGUAUAUGGAUAUGGAGAUAUGUGGAACUUCUCCAAGCAUCUGGAAGCUAAUCCUUUGGGACUAUGUGAAUAUUCUUCUCUGGCUUCUUGGCUUGUAUGUCAGUGCAUGUGUGCUAGAAGAAGGGGAGUGUAGAGGAGGAGGUGAUAGAAUAGAUAGAAAGGAUUAAUUGCAACAUUCAAUUCAGAUGUAAUCACAUGCCCAGCAGGUUGUGGCACAUCCUUACUGUCACAUUUCUAAAAAUAAAUGUAAAAGAUACUAUUCAGACUAGUUUGGCAAUCAGAAGGCUAUGCAAGAAUAGUUUGUUUAAGACUGAAGGACCUGGAACAAUGCAUUAACCUGCUACUGAAAAUAACAAUUUGAGGGAAAUAUACCUAAAUCCUACGACAUGAUGUGACAACUUCACUACAUUUCCACUUUUGAUCUGUAUGUGUGAAGGAAAAUAACAUUGAAGGCUUUAUCCUUCCCUCUGGGUUCACAAAAUAAAUCAAGAGUAGGUAAGGAUAUACAUUUGUUCACCUGGGGACUUCUGGGAUAACUUUUAGGGCUGUGCAUAUUUUCAAAAUGAUUGGGAAGAGAUGCUUUAAAAUAUAAGGAUUUACAAGCACAGCACCGCUUUAAAACAGCCAUGUCUUCUGAGAGUCCGAACAAAGACUUGAAGUCCAUAUGUAACUAUAAUCCAUAUCCUUUCUCUAUAACCUAAUACCUGCCGUUUAAUCAAAUUUAUUUAGAAAACUUAUAUUGCCGCCUACUCGCACAUGGCGACUCAAGGCAGCUUACAAAGAUAUAAAAACACCAUAUAAAAGAAAUAAAAAAUAAUAAAAAGAAAAAUAAUAAAAUAACCCUCCACCACCCUGGUGACAACACACAUUCAUACUAACCAUUUAAUGGGCUCCCUCCCACUCAUUUUUCCAGACCCAUUGACAGAACCACAUCUUCAGGGCAAAUAUGCUUCACUCCUUCAAGAUACUUUCAGAAAGCCAGAAUUCACACAAUAGGGGUGUUAAGCUCUGCUGUGAGGUUGACCCUCUUUAUCCAAUCUAAAAAGACAGAGCUAAGAUUUUAGGGUGCUUGUAACCAAAUAGGCUUCGUUGUGACACCACCCUGUGAUGAGAAUACCCCUUCCCCUGAAACUUUCAUUGUAGCUUAUUUUUAGUGACAGCAAAAGAUGACCUUUAACUUGAUGAUCAAGCCGCACAAACCUGUUCUGUUGCAACUAGACAAUCGGUUCUUUUCACAGUUGGUGUAUUGUGUUAUUAGACAUAUUUUCAACUCAUUUUAUUUAAAUCUUUUUUUAAAAAAAGAGUAUUUCAGCCAAGGCUAGUCUUGAGGCCCAAAGUUCCAUGCAUCAUCACCAAUGGGUACGGGAAUAGUCAAGCUGCAAAUGAUGUGAGAAGCAGUAUUUGGAUUGAUAAGAGGUAUGCAGAGUCCUGUUUGUGCUAAUUAUUACAGCACCGGGUGUAUUAAAGGAAUUGAGGGACCACAUGCAACACUAGGUUUGGUAACCCCUCCAUAUACACACAUCUCUAGAUGAAUAUUGCAGGUAGAUUCUUGCAAACCGAAGUAAAAUCGGUGUUUUCCAAAUGGAACAUGGACAGAACCUGAACUAAAAAAAAAUAAAGAUUUAAUCCAGAAUACACAUAUAAUCCAGAUACAAAACCUAAACUAUACUUUUACUUUUCAGAGUUUUCAAAUUCUUUAGAAGGAGAGAUAUCUUUUUUUAUUGGAGAAAGUUACUUUUGAAGUACUGUUUUUCUUAUUUUCUGUGAUAUGCAGCCUUUAUAGAACUGCUGUAGGCACUGCCUGUUUUAGUGACAAAAAGAAAGUGAUUAAAAGUCGAUCACCCAUGAGAGUCCUCUUAUUUCUCAAAUAGCUUACUGCCCAUUGAUUCCUACCAUCUUUCCUAUCCUUCAGCUAGUUGUCUACAGAUGGCAAGAGAGAGUCUGUCUUUGAAACUGACAAGUCCUCAGCUAACUCAAGAAUGCCAUUGUCAAAAUGAGGGACUUUGUCAAAAAAAACUUUUGGAAAGCCCUAAUUACUCAGUCUUUUGGAAAGCCCUAAUUACCCAUUACUUCAACUCUAGCCAUAUACCCAUCCGAUUCUCCCCUGCUUCUUUUCAAUUAUGACAGGCAGGAAAUAGGAUGGGAAGAAACUGUUGACUGGUUUGGGAUGACUGAUUGCCCAGUAGUGGGAAGUCCCACUCUGGGCAGUGAUGCAGGAAUUGGGGUCUGCCCUGGAAGGAGGGACCUGACUGGCAGUGGGAUAGCUGGGGGCUAAGGCUGGUUGCCCUCAAUUGCAAAGUAGAAUUUGCUUAAUUAGGCAGCCUCCUUUCUUCUAUCCAAAUUGUUUUUCCGUCUGCCAACCAGUUCUAAGAUUUAAAAGCCAAAGUAGGCAGACAGUAUUUUAUGAAGGGUUGUGUUCCCUAGGCCUAGGACUGUUGUGGAGUUAUAGCAAGCAGGGCCAGGGCUGUAGUCCAAUAGAUAAGAUUCACUGUCUUCCUAAAACAGGGCAGAGCAAGCUCUCCCCACUCAUUCUAAGUGUUUGGUUCCCUGUGAUGAUGUCAAAGGAAUCAGGAAGGGCCCAAGCUGGACCUAACAGUUUCCCCCCCUCAAAAGACAGAGUUGUAUCUGAAGGAGAAGGAGAACUAACCAAAUGGACUAAAGCUGACCUCCCCUUGUUUUUAACACUAUCAGAGAGCAAAGAGCAACAGAAGUACACAAUCACAUGAUGUUGCCCUGUUGUGAAACUUUUAUUGCAGGUUAUAGCUAUUAAUGGCAAAUUGCUUAUAGGGAUCACCUUGUAGCUUCAGAUGUAAUUACAAUUGGCACACUGACCGAGUGCUUUUGAAAUAUUACAGCAGGAUUAACAACUUAUUUAUAUUAUAUAUAAAUAAUAUACACAGACAAGAACACCUGUUACUGGGGAAGGCCAUUAUCCUAUAAUAAUCCCAACAUCCUGGAAAGCAACAUAACAUGAAGAGUUAUUCACACCGAGAUUAUCUCUGCUGGGGAUUUGGUUCUAUGACGUUGUUUCUUUAAGUACUCAGAGACAAAAGUAGUGAAAAUUGGAAUGCAUUUCCCCAAAAGUCAGCAUAACACAUCUUGGUUGACAUCUACAAAAGACUAGUGGCAUUAAGUAUUUAUACAAAUGUAAAAGCUUCCCUUUCAUGUCUAUAUUUCUGGGGGAGACUAUUUUAACAUGUUAGUGAUUUAUCCAAGUAAACUGGUGGAUGAGCACAGAAAAACUUCAUCCAGAUCUUUUAAUUUCCAAUUAAAAUGUACAUUGAGGAGGUCAGAGUUAAAAUCAGAAUAAGCACCCUAAUAGGAACAGGACACGAUCGAAGAAUUUGAUUUCAGAUUUCCCUUAAAUUACCCCAAGCCAGUCUAUCCCCAUCUAUAUUAUCUUCAGGCUGCAAAUCUGGGAAUGGGUUCCUUAAUUUCAGUGGGAUUAACUUUUGAGAUGGGUAGAGAGCUUCUUGGAUCAGAUGAAGGUUCCAGACAACUUCAUCUCCCAUAGCUUCUGAGCUGAAGCAGAACUCCGAGGAAAGCAAUUUCCCUCAUUUCUCUCCAAGCUUAAUUGGAAUUUGGAAACCCCCAGGGUGCCUAUCGUAUAGAGCUGCAGGGCCAGCCAAGUAUCUGCAUGAUGUGUGAAGAGUUUGUGUGUGUGUUUGAGAGAGAGACUGUAAAAGUGGGUGAAGCUAGAAUAAAAAAGGAAGAGGUUUAAAACUAACAUUAUUUCAUUCAAGCUUUAAUAAAAUCAAAUGAAAGCAAUAUGAUCACAUAUAUUUCAUAAUAUUCCCCCUCAGUCACAUUAAAAGUUAAAACCGAGUGGCUGUUUGUGACCUAGCAAAAUUUUGGUUGCAUCCAUCUGCUCUAGUGCCCCAGCCUACAACCAAGUUACCUCAAAAACCAUCAGUUUCCCCCAGACACAAAAAUGUGUAUGACCUAUUUUGUCUUUUUUAUAUAACAUUUAUUCAAGAACUAUAUAAACAUUUUAAAGUCAUAGAUAAUAAUUCAAACUGAAAAAUAAAAAGGCUGACCUUUCCAAAGUGCCUGAUUCUUGGCUUGUUGUUAGCCUUACUGAUUAACUGGAUUUUUUUUUAAUUGUUAAUUACUUUUAAAUGAAUAUGGGUAUGGAGCCCCUGACAUCAAGGCCUAUAUUGACUUUAACACCAAUUGAUUGACUUGACGGAGAAUGGCUAGUCAUCUGUACCUGGGGCAAGUGAGACCGUUUGGGUUUGGGGACAGAAUAACGGCCCCAUGGAGCCCUGGAAGUCCACGGUUCAUCUCGCCAGCCAGGGAGCCUAACCUUGCUAUAAUAACCGCGCUACAAUAACACCUUGACAUUUUCACCGGCCUGGAUGGACUGCUGACCGUUUUGUAUUUGUAUUUUUAUUUACCUAUGCGAAGAUUUUCAACCGCGGACCUUCUUGCCCUGCGAGACUCCCCUCUCUCGCAGGUCUGGCCCUCCACAUUAUCGAGGGCACAUCUUGAGGACGGGUUUUGGAACCCCGAGAGAUGGCAUGCGAAAUCUAGGAGGCUUAGGGGAUUUUUAAUGAACUCUUUUAGUCGUUUUUUAUUGGGGGAUUUUAAGGGAAAUUUUAAGGGGGGGAGGGAAAGGGCGGGAGCUGGGGGUAGCCCGUCGAGGGUGGGGCCAGUCACUGCGCAUGUUUGCGGCGGAGUGUUAUUAGGUCCGAAGGUUCCGGGGGAGGGUGAUGUUCCAGGUGACAAUUGUGGUUCCAUCUGUGUGGUUAGUGGGAGAGGCAGAUAUGGCGGAGGGGGGGGGCCGUAUCGAGACCUGGGAGCACGUGUUCGAUGUCUGAAGGCGAUCACGUGCUCCGGCCCCUCAGUUCCUACCCGUUCCUCAGGAGGCCAUGAUCCUCAGAGCUUGGAUCUUCGGCUGAUGUUAUGUAAUGCCCGGUCCGUGGUUAAUAAAGCUCCCCUGAUCUGUGAUCUUAUUCAGGGGGAGUCCGCGGACCUUAUGGGCAUUACGGAGACCUGGUUGGGCCCGGAGGGGGGGGUGCCCCUUGUUGAGUUGUGCCCUCCAGGUUUCCGAGCAUUUCAUCAGCCGAGGGCCCAAGGUAGGGGUGGGGGGGUGGCGGUUGUUAUUAAGGAAGAUCUAGAGCCGAGGGAGGCCACUGUUCCUCAGAUUGCCGGCUGUGAAUCCCUCUAUGUGAGGUGGGGCCAUAGGAAUCAGUUGGGCUUGUUGAUCGCGUACCUGGCUCCUUGCUGCGUGACCACAGCCCUGCCCGAGCUGUUGGAGGUACUGGCUGCUGUGGCGGUUGAGACCCCCAGACUUAUAGUCAUGGGGGAUUUCAACUUGCCAUCAGUUGGCUUGGCAUCGACGGCAGCUCGGGAGUUCCAGGCUUCCAUGACGGCCUUGGACCUGAUUCGAGUAAACGCACAUGGGGGGAGGCAUGCUGGAUCUGAUUUAUAUCUCUGGACAGUGGUUAAAUGAUCUGGUAUUAGACGAUUUAGUAACAGAACCAAUGUCAUGGUCGGAUCAUUUUCUCCUUCGCCUAGACUUCCGAACCGCCAUUCACCACCGCAGGGAGACGGAACCUAUACGGUGGUUCCGUCCCAGGCGCCUGAUGGACCCUGAGAGGUUCCAGACGGAGCUUGGGCCAUUCCCUGAGGAUCUGGCCCACGGCACGACUGAGGAACUGGUCGUGGCCUGGGAGCGGGCCACGGCCGGGGCCCUGGACCGUGUCGCGCCUUUGCGGCCUCUGACCCGGCGUAGAUCUCGUCCGGCCCCUUGGU